AUGAGCAGCUCAAAUUUCACAGAUCGCUCUAGGGAAUCGAUUACCCUCGCAAUACAAUUAGCCAGAGAGAACAACAACGCUCUCAUUUACCCUGCACACAUAGCUAGCAUACUCCUUAAUGACCCCACUCGGCCUGAGGGCGCAGCCCCUUCUCUAUUCGCUACUGCCCUCGAAAGAGCUGGCGUAGAUAAGCAAUCAGCCAACAGAGAACUCCAGAAGCUUAUCGUAAAGAUCCCUGUCCAAGAUCCUCCUCCAGACGAUAUAACCCUGUCUACAGCUGCAGGCAAGAUUAUCAGACGAGCUGAGGAAGUUAUGAAAAAUCAACAUGAUUCCUUUGUCGCACAGGAUCAUCUCAUAAUCGCUCUCCUUGAAGACAGCGCUAUCCUUCAAGCACUCAAGAACGUUGGACUCAGCAGCACUAAAACUGUUGAAAAUGCUCUCAAUCAACAGAGAGGCGGAAGAAGAGUUGACAGACCAAAUGCCGAAGAUGGUUUCGACGCUCUCAACAAAUACGCAACUGACCUCACCGCUGAGGCUGAAUCUGGUAGACUUGAUCCGGUUAUUGGUAGAGAUAAUGAGAUCAGAAGAGUUAUUAGAGUCCUUUGUAGACGCACUAAAUCCAACCCAGUACUUAUCGGUGAGCCUGGUGUCGGUAAAACUGCUGUUGUCGAAGGAUUAGCACAACGUAUUGUCAAUAGGGAUGUACCUGCAAGUCUCCUUGGCAAGCUAUUUUCAUUAGACGCAGGUGCUCUAAUGGCAGGUGCAAAGUACAAGGGCGAGUAUGAAGAGCGCGUCAAGAGUGUUCUCGAUGAAAUUGAAAAGUUAGGCGAUCAAGGCAACCCAGUUAUACUCUUCUGUGACGAAAUUCAUCUUCUCAUGGCUGGAUCUGGCGAUAGCUCAGGUGGUAUGGAUGCUGCAAACCUCUUCAAGCCAAUGCUGGCACGUGGUAAAAUCAGACUCAUAGGUGCAACCACUCUCAAUGAAUUCAGACAACACAUAGAAAAGGAUGCAGCAUUCGAGAGACGUUUGCAGCAAGUAAUGGUUAACGAGCCAUCAGUUAACGAAUCUAUCACCAUUCUUAGAGGUAUUUCACAUAAAUUGGAGGUGCACCACGGUGUGCGUAUUCUAGAUUCCGCUUUGGUGGCCGCAUCGACUCUUGCGAGACGCUACCUUACCGGACGUAAGUUGCCUGACGCAGCUAUCGACUUGAUAGAUGAAGCAUGUGCCGGUGUGCGCGUCGCUCGUGAAACGGUACCCGAACAGGUCGAUCAGCUCGAAAGAUCCAAACUGCAAUUGGAGGUCGCCAUUCACGCACUAUCUAGAGAGAGUGACAAGGAAAGCAAGGCGAAUCUUGAAGAAGCUAGAAAAUCAGUUGCUGCAAUCGACGAAGAAUUGAAACCUAUGAAAGCUGCCCACGAAGCAUCUAAAUUCCGCGACGAAGAAAUUAACGAAGCGAGACGUAAAGUUGAAGAUCUCACAUCCAAAGCAGAUGCAGCAGAACGUCGCUACGACUUGGCGACGUCCUCGGAUAUCAGAUUCUACGCCAUCCCUGAUCUCCAAAAGAAGAUUGAGCAGAUGGAACAGAAAAAGAAUGAAGAUGAAGCAGCUGAGGGUCAGGAAACUUCUAUAGUCACACCAGAUCAGAUUGGUGAGGUUGUCGCUAGAUGGACAGGUGUUCCAGCUACGCGUAUCCAGACUACCGAAAAGGAGAAACUUCUCAGACUGGAGAAACUUCUGAGCAAGAAUGUGGUAGGACAACCGGAAGCAGUGAAAAGUGUCGCGAAUGCCAUACGUCUUUCAAGGUCGGGUUUGUCUAAUGCCCAACGUCCAAUCGCCAGCUUCCUCUUCUGUGGUCCAUCGGGUACUGGUAAAACAUUGCUGUCUAAGCAACUCGCUCAGCUACUCUUUGACAGCGAGCAGGCAAUGAUGAGGAUUGACAGUUCAGAGUUUAGCGAGAAGCACUCCAUCUCACGCCUUAUCGGUGCACCACCAGGAUACGUUGGUCACGGUGAAGGUGGUCAACUCACCGAAUACGUCAGGCGUAAGCCUUACUCUGUCAUAUUGAUUGAUGAGAUCGAGAAGGCUUGCAGAGAGUUCAUAGUUCUCCUCCUCCAAAUACUCGACGAGGGUAGAUGCACAGAUGGUCAGGGCCGUACUGUCAACUUUAACAACUGCGUCUUGAUCAUGACGUCUAACCUCGGUGCAUCCCACUUGGCAGAAUUGGCCGGAGAUGAUGGCGGAGCCCCAACGGAAGCUAAAGGGCUUGUCAUGGGUGCAGUUCAAGGCCAUUUCCCUCCAGAGUUUAUCAAUCGUAUUGACGAAAUAAUUAUUUUCAGAAACUUAGCACUCGGCGAUGUGAGAAGAAUAGUCGACAUACGCCUCGACGAGAUACAAAAACGGAUGAAAGCAAACGGGAAGAACAUCAAGAUGAUCGUUGAUGAGGCGGCGAAGCACUACCUCGCAUCAGUUGGCUUUAACCCAAUCUACGGUGCUAGACCAUUGAACCGUUCCAUCCAGCAAGAGAUACUGACACCACUAUCCUCGCUCAUUCUCGCAGAGAGGGUUCUAGACGGUGAGAGCGUCGAGAUAAGUUUCGAUCCACCACGCAACCGUCUUUUCGUGAAACCUAAUCACGAAGGAGUGGUGGAUAUGGAUGAGGAUGAUGACGAUGAUGAUUACGACGAUGAUGUUGAAAUCGAAGAGCUGCAGUGA